AUGGGAACUCGGCUCCGUGUUCUUUGGGAUGACUUCAAUGCUAUGAGCCGUAGUGGUUUCAGGCCAUCACGCACUGCAUCCGGUAAAGUGGAUAUGGGGAAUCACAGAUCGUUGGGUCAAUUGAGCGUAAUUCACAAUGUUAAGCGCCGGGAAUGCUUGCUUACCAUGCUUCAAGCUUUCAACGAAGAAAGUUUGACGCCGUAUCCGGUCAAAACCCCUGUACCGGCAGGACAAAUCGUUCACUCGAGAGUCGCAGAGCACUUUAUUAAUCCAUUUGGAUCUGAUUACCCGCAUUCAGUCGCCCGCAUUCCUCAGACUGGGAAGUUACCUAAAUACAUUCUUAUAUUGACUGUCAAAAAAGAUCGUCUCGAAAUUUCUUGGCUUCUUCGCAGUUCAUUAACAUUAGAAGUCCCCGAGGUCCCCGGGUGGGUUCGAUUCUCUCGUGCGAGAACAAAUUAUCAUUGCCCAUAA